AUGUCACAGCAAGAAAUUGUACUUGAAGACGAGAACAAAGAGAUAAAACCUCCUCCGUACGGUCUUCUGGUCUGGGCUACGGGCAACAAAUCACGACCAUUAGCGCGCAAGUUGAUGGAAAAGCUUCCAGAUAAACAGACGCAAAAGCGCGGGUUACUGGUAGACGACCACCUUCGCCUCUUGGGCACUGAUGGUAUCUACGCAGUUGGCGAUGCCACGGCCACGAAAUAUGCUCCCACUGCACAAGUUGCGGCACAGCAAGGGAAAUACCUAGCUAGUGUUUUUGCUGCUCUUGCUCCUCAGGAAGCCGCCAAUAAAGCUCACAGCAAUUCGAAUGCGGACGACAACAAGAAAAGCUCUUCUCAGCAACCUAAACUUACAAACCGUUCCACUACUCGCACCAAGGAUCUUUAG